UACACAAGCAGACACUAAAAUCUAGUGCCCAUAUAAAAACAUAAAUAUGCCACUUGGUGGUGACAACUUCAAGGGUUUUAAGGAACUAAAUAAAAUUCCCAAGGACAACAAUAAGUACAAGUACAUCGGUGCUUUGAUCGUUAUUAUACCCGGCAUUAUGUUGGGCGGCUUUUUGGGCAAGAAGUUGGCCCAGUUUCUGGAACUAUUUGAUCUAUAUGCGCCCGAUAUCUCGGAUGAUGAUUAAUGCAACAUUAAUUCUACAUGGCCAAACGGGAUGCUAGGAAAGAAAACUCAACGCAAACAACUGCCCGGACCGGUAACCAAAAUCGGUACAGGGUAUCCAGUGCAACCGAUCAAUUGAAUCAUAAUUAGAGCAACGAGCUCAAAGGCAAACAAGUUUUUAGCAAUAAAUGCAUAUUU